AUGGAGGAAGCGGUGGUGGUGGUUAUGGAGGAGGCAAUGGUGGUGGUUACGGAGGAGGUAGUGGUUAUGGAGGAGGUGGUCGUGGUGGUGGUCGUUCUUUUGGAAAUGAUCGCAUGGGCGGUCUCGGCAAUAGUCUUCGAAAGCCAGACUGGGAACCCCGUCGAAACUUUUGCGGAAGCGUCUUUUCCCAGUUAUGUUCUCAAGGAGGUUGAAAGUUUAGGAUUUUCUGCACCCACUUCUAUCCAAUCUCAAGGCUGGCCCAUGGCUUUGAGUGGUCGCGAUGUUGUUGGUGUUGCCGAGACGGGUUCUGGAAAGACUCUUGCUUACACGUUGCCCUCUAUUGUUCACAUCAAUGCCCAGCCUCUCCUCAAGCCUGGAGAUGGUCCUAUUGUGCUCAUUCUUGCUCCAACUCGUGAGCUUGCUAUCCAAAUUCAGGUCGAAUGCAACAAAUUUGGUAGUUCAUCUCGUAUAAAAAACACAUGUCUUUAUGGAGGUGUUCCAAAGGGUCCUCAGAUGCGUGAUCUGGAACGUGGUAUUGAGAUUUGUAUUGCCACUCCAGGUCGACUAAUUGAUAUGCUCGAGUCUGGAAAAACCAACUUGAAACGUGUCACAUACCUUGUUCUUGACGAGGCUGAUCGUAUGCUUGACAUGGGAUUUGAGCCUCAAAUCCGCAAGAUUGUUGAUCAGAUUCGUCCCGAUCGUCAGACCCUCAUGUGGUCUGCAACUUGGCCCAAGGAAGUGCAGGCACUUGCUCGUGACUAUCAAAAGGAGUUUAUUCAGGUCAAUGUUGGAUCUAUGGAGCUUUCUGCCAGUCACAACAUCACACAGAUUGUUGAGAUCUGUCCUAGCCACGACAAGCGUCAUCGCCUUUACAAGUUGCUUGAAGACAUUAUGUCGAAUGCGGAUCAAAAGACGAUCAUUUUUACAGGAACAAAACGUACAGCCGAUGACAUUACUCGUGAUCUUCGUCAUGACGGUUUCCCAGCACUUGCUAUUCAUGGCGACAAGAAACAGCAAGAGCGUGAUUGGGUUAUGCAAGAGUUCAAGUCUGGAAAGACCCCUAUUUUGAUUGCAACUGAUGUUGCUGCUCGUGGUUUAGAUGUCAAGGAUGUCAAGUUUGUGAUCAACUUUGAUUUCCCAAACAAUAUUGAAGAUUACGUACAUCGUAUUGGGCGUACUGGUCGUGCAAAUAACAAGGGCACAGCGUACACGCUAUUUUCACCCGACAACUUUAAGAGUGCACGCGAUCUGGUCAAGAUUCUUGAAGAAGCAGGACAAGUAGUUGAUCCUCAGCUGCAUGAUUUUGCUCGUAGUGGAGGAUCAGGAGGAGGUCAUAGCCGAUACGGAGGUGGUCGUGGUGGUCGUGGAGGAGGCCGUGGAGGAUACGGUGGUGGUGGUAGUAACGGAGGUGGUUAUGGCGGUGGUGGCCGAUACAAUCCAUACGGUCGAUAA